CCCCAAACGUCAAACCAGUCACGUCAAGCUGGCCGACUUUGCAAUCCUCUACGCACGGCGUCUCGUUUUUUGUUUUCAUUGACGUCCCUAAUUUCAAGGGCCUACGUAUUUCAAAGCGUCCACGGGCCGGCGCGCAAUGGGUUCCAAGCGUCCGCUCGCCGACGAUGCGGGAGACGGCGGCGGCGAGUCGUCGAACCAGCAGCCGAAGCGAAGAAAGUUCUACGGCAGCGGCAAGCACAAGGCCAAGGAGGGCACGUCCGAGUUCGCAAAAAAGCGCGUACGCAACAUCCAGCGGCUUCUGCAGAGCAAGGCCGACCUGCCCGCCAACGUCCGCAACGACCUCGAACGCGAGCUAGCCGCCCUGCGAUCCGAUGUGGCCGACCGAGCCUUUCAGAAGAAGCGGAGCGCCAUGAUUGCCAAGUACCACAUGGUGCGGUUCUUUGAGCGGAAAAAGGCAUCCCGCCUGGUGAAGCAGCUCCGGCGCCAGAUCGAGGCGGACCCCAACGGCGACGACGCUGCCUCGCUCAAGGAGCAGCUCCACGUCGCAGAAGUCGACGAAGCCUACACGCUGUACCACCCUCACAUCGAGCCCUACAUCAGUUUGUACGGCAACGCCAAGCCGGCGGACGGCGACGACGAGACCGCGGACAAGGCCCCGGCUGCCAAGCUCGCGCUCAAGGCCGAGCGACCGCCGAUGUGGGCGGAGGUUGAGAAGACGAUGGAGCAGGGACUCGAGGCCCUCCAAAGACUACGAGAGCGAAGAUCGGCCGACGGCUCGACGCCCGCACCCAGGCGUCCGACACUGAAGAAGUCUUCGGGCGCGAACAAGACGCCGCUAAAACCGCGGCAGGAGCAGGGGCAGGAGCAGAAUCACGAGACGCAUCCCAAGGCCCAGCACGGCGAUAAGCACAAACCAGCGGGCGCCGGUGAGCGUAGCUCCAAGACUGCGCUCAAUCGCAGGGAGAGACGGCGGCUUAUGCGCGAGACCAUGGCCGCGGAGGAGGACGCAGACUCGGAUGGAGGCGGCUUCUUCGAGGAGGCGUAAGACACGGAGGCAGGCACAGCAGCGAUGGAAGUGGUGUUGGAGGCAGCCCUCUUUGUAGAUACGGGAGGCAGAUACCCAUUGGAUUGGCCCAGCACAGGGCAGCGCGGCACAGGACAGCAUAGAGCUCGCAUAGCGAAUUUGAACUUGGACUUGGGAUUGGGCAG